AUGAGUGGUCAGACUGUGUUGUCGUACGAAGACUUUGUGUCUUUGCAUUCAAAUCAGUUGCAGUCUUCAGAUGUGCCGCAAACUCUUUGGACCAAACUUUAUGACAAACUAUUGAACGAAUGUUUCGAUUCGGGAAAUGACUUCAGAAUCGAGAAAAUUGUUUACUCGACCCCUGAGGAAGACACUGAACAUGACAUGAAUGGCUCACGCGAUCCACAAGUCAAUGGAACCGCUGAUGGGGACCAUUGUGUGGGCGAUACUCAACAGACAUAUCGUGUUAUUUGUAUUAAAGAGGAGGGAAUGGAUGUGUCGAGUGAUCCGACAAGUGAUCCGACAAGUGAUCCGACAAGUGAUGCCAUUUAUCUCAUCGAUCAUAUGAUUACCUACCGAUGCGAUCAAAUCCACGACAUUCUACUCCAAACCAAUGUCGAGUGCGAAGACGAAGACAUAGACAACAAUUUGGAGGCCAAGGAACAGAUGGUGAGGACUGUGGCCAAAGAGUUAUGGAAAUGGAAUCAAUGCUAUUCCAUAGUGUCUUCACAAGUGGAGGACUCGCUUCCCGUUUGGUAUUUGAUGGAUGAGUUCGGGAGUCGUAUUCAGCACUCAAUUGAUCCCAACUUCCGUUGUGUUCCCUUUUAUUUCAUCCCCAGAGGUAUCGCAUACUCUCUGCUCUUCCCAAUCAAAGCCAUUGCUUUCGGCGAUGAAGUGACCCGUAAUUACAUCGAGGGAUCACUCGAUGAAGAGUUCACCGAAAAUAGAGAUCUCUUGUCGAAGGCAUUACUGAUCCCAUGGAUGGCCAGUGACUUGUCUGGAGUGGACGCCAACCAAACAGAACCGGACGUCGCGUUCCUUAGAGGGGGAAGAGUUGAGGAGAACUUUGUUCCCAACGAUUCAACACUUAAACCAGAAUUACCACAAAAUAGGAAAAUCAAAGUCUUUUCUCAUUACAAAUACAUUAAUGAAUAUUUAACUCACGAUUCCUUCGAAAUAACGGACUCUAAACCCGAAGCAGACAUUCUUUGGUUGAGCUCUCAUUUCAAAGAGUUUGACGAACUUUUGGCCGAAAAGCCGAAUGUCUUUAUAAAUCAGUUCCCAUUUGAACACAUAAUUACUGUGAAAGACUUGUUUGCAAUCAUCUGUCGGCGACAAAACAGGACUCCAUCGGUGAACGACUCCACUCUCGAGACGAGUCCCGAGUGGUUGGCCACCACUUAUAACCUUCAGACAGAAAUCGUUAAAUUUGUUUCAUAUUUCCAAAAGCGAGCCAAACGUCAAUUGGAUAACCACUGGAUCUGUAAGCCAUGGAAUUUAGCCCGAAGUCUGGACACACAGAUCACCGACUCUUUGGACUGUAUUAUACGUCUGCGAAAUACUGUACCGAAAGUUGUCUGCAAAUACAUUACGGAACCGGUUUUGUUCCGGAGGAAUGAACUCAACGGUGCUUUAGUUAAGUUCGACAUUCGAUUUUCUAAUAAACCCUUUUCUUUGGAUAACUUCGAUGACUACGAAAAACACUUCACUGUUAUGAACUAUAAGGCAGAACUGGAUGGCAAACCCACACCUGAUAACCAUCAAAAUGAUACUCAAUUUAAACAAAUGUUUUGCAGUGACUUUAUCAACGAAUUUAACGAUCAGUACGGCCCAGACUAUUGCUGGGCUGGUGUCGAGAGUGAUAUAUACAAGACAUUAAGGAAUGUGUUUGAAUGCGCCACAAGUAGACCACCCCCUCAUGGCAUCGGACAUAACCUGCAGUCGCGAGCCUUAUAUGGCGUCGACGUUAUGCUGAAAUGGCAGACAGACAGUCAGACGGACACCAAACGCAUACAACCGGUAGUACUGGAGAUGAAUUGGGCGCCCGAUUGCGAGAGAGCCUGUCUUUACUACAACCACUUCUUCAACGAUGUCUUCUCCACUCUAUUUCUCGAUCACUUCGAUCCAAAUGCUAAUAAUGUCUCACUUUUAUAA